GCGGCCCACCGCAGCCAGGGGGCGUCAACAUGGCGCUGUUGGACGCUAACUGACUGACAGAGAGCGAGCGAGCGAGCAAGCAAGUGAGUCGUACGCGGCCGGGAGGAGAGAGAGCCCGACCCCCCCACACCACCAUCACCCAUCCGUAUGAAGCCGAGCACGGUGCAAGGACAGCCGCGUCGCUUGUGAACGUUCGCCCGCUCCCAGUGCGGUUCCUCCCGCGUGGUGGAUGUGUUUGUCUCCGCCGCCGCGGAGCCUCAGCUUGUAGGGCAGGUGCUAGACACCCGUUCCCGUCCCCUCCUCUGAAGAGAGGGGUGGAAAAUGUCGAGCGACAAGCCGCAUUCGGCUUGCUCGCUGGCGGCCGCAGACUCUGCCUCCUCUUCACCGCCGCCACCGCCUCUUCCGGGGGAGAGGAUGCCGUCGUCCGCCGCGGGUCCCGUGGUGCUGCCGGCCGGUGUCAUCAACCCCACCGUCCCGAUCAGGAAUAUCCAGAUGAAAUUCGCCGUGCUGGUGGGCCUCAUCCAGGUCGGCGAGGUGAGCAACCGGGACAUCGUGGAGACUGUUCUCAACCUGCUGGUGGGUGGCGAGUUCGACCUGGAGAUGAACUUCAUCAUCCAAGAGGCGGAGAGCAUCGGCUGCAUGGUGGAGCUGCUUUCGCACUGCGAGGUGACGUGCCAGGCAGAGAUCUGGAGCAUGUUCACCGCCAUCCUGCGCAAGAGCGUACGCAACCUGCAAACCAGCACUGAGGUGGGCCUCAUCCAGCAGGUGCUGUUGAAGAUGAGCGCCGUGGAUGACAUGAUUGCAGACUUGCUGGUGGACAUGUUGGGCGUGAUGGCCAGUUACAGCAUCACCGUCAAGGAGCUGAAGCUGCUCUUCAGCAUGCUGAGGGGCGACAAUGGCGUCUGGCCCAGACACGCCAUCAAGUUGCUGUCCGUGCUGAAUCAGAUGCCUCAGCGCCACGGCCCCGACACCUUCUUCAACUUCCCCGGACGUAGCGCGGCAGCCAUUGCUUUGCCGCCCAUCGCCAAGUGGCCGUACCAAAAUGGCUUCACCAUCAACACGUGGUUCCGCCAGGAUCCGCUCAACAACAUCAACGUGGACAAGGACAAGCCGUACCUUUACUGCUUUCGCACCAGCAAAGGCAUCGGCUACUCUGCGCACUUUGUGGGCAACUGUCUGAUCGUGACCUCGCUCAAGUCCAAAGGGAAAGGCUUCCAGCACUGCGUCAAGUACGACUUCCAGCCGCGAAAGUGGUACAUGAUCAGCAUCGUGCACAUCUACAACCGCUGGAGGAACUCUGAGAUCCGCUGCUACGUCAACGGCCAGCUGGUCUCCUACGGUGACAUGGCCUGGCACGUCAACACCAAUGAUAGCUACGACAAAUGCUUCCUGGGCUCCUCUGAGACGGCUGACGCCAACCGAGUGUUCUGCGGUCAGCUGGGUGCCAUCUACGUCUUUGGCGAGGCGCUCAACCCCGCUCAGAUCUUUGCUGUACACCAGCUUGGACCUGGAUACAAGAGCACGUUCAAGUUCAAAUCGGAGAGUGACAUCCACCUGGCCGAGCACCACAAACAGGUUCUGUACGACAGCAAGCUGGCCAGCUCCAUCUCCUUCACAUACAACGCCAAGGCCACCGAUGCGCAGCUCUGCCUAGAGUCGUCGCCGCGAGAGAACACCUCCAUCUUUGUGCACUCGCCACACGCGCUCAUGCUGCAGGACGUGAAGGCCAUUGUGACACACUCCAUCCACAGCGCCAUCCACUCCAUCGGCGGCAUACAGGUCCUCUUCCCGCUCUUCGCUCAGCUGGACUACAAGCAGCUCAAUGACGCCGCUGGCGUGGACACCGCCGUGUGUGCCACGCUGCUUGCCUUUCUGGUGGAGCUGCUCAAGAGUUCCGUCGCCAUGCAAGAGCAGAUGCUCGGAGGCAAGGGGUUCUUGGUCAUCGGCUACCUAAUGGAGAAGUCGUCUAGGGUUCACAUCACUCGGGCGGUCCUGGAGCAGUUCUUGUCCUUUGCCAAGUACCUGGAUGGUUUGCCCCACGGGGCGCCGCUCCUCAAGCAGCUGUGCGACCACGUCCUGUUCAACGCUGCCAUCUGGAUUCACACACCUGCCAAGGUUCAGCUGUCUCUGUACACGUACCUGUCGUCGGAGUUCAUCGGCACAGCGACCAUCUACUCGACCAUCCGCCGCGUGGGCACCGUGCUGCAGCUAAUGCACACGCUCAAGUACUACUACUGGGCCGUCAACCCGCUAGAGUGCAGUGCCAUCACGCCCAAAGGCCUCGAGGGACCUCGGCCGUCCCAAAAGGAGAUAAUCUCUCUGCGGGCCUUCAUGCUCCUCUUCCUCAAACAGCUCAUUCUCAAGGACCGGGGUGUCAAGGAAGACGAGCUCCAGAGUAUUCUCAACUACUUGUUGACCAUGCACGAGGAUGAGAACAUUCAUGACGUGCUGCAGCUACUGGUGGCGCUCAUGUCUGAGCAUCCGGCCUCCAUGAUUCCCGCCUUCGACCAGAGGAAUGGGAUAAGGGUGAUCUGCAAGCUGCUGGCCUCCAAGAGCGAGAGUAUCCGAGUACAGGCCCUCAAAGUGCUCGGAUACUUUCUCAAGCACCUUGGUCACAAGCGGAAGGUGGAGAUCAUGCACACUCACAGUCUUUUCACACUGCUUGGCGAGCGCCUGAUGAUGCACACCAACACCGUGUCCGUCACCACCUACAACACGCUCUACGAGAUCCUGACAGAGCAGGUGUGCACGCAAGUGGUCCACAAGCCACACCCGGAACCGGACUCCACUAUCAAGAUCCAGAAUCCCAUGAUUCUGAAAGUUGUGGCCACGCUGCUGAAGAAUUCGUCUCCCAGCUCCGAGCUGAUGGAAGUCAGGAGACUUUUUCUGUCUGACAUGAUCAAACUCUUCAGCAACAGCCGAGAAAACAGACGCUGCCUGCUGCAGUGCUCGGUGUGGCAGGACUGGAUGUUCUCGCUGGGCUACAUCAACCCAAAGAAUCCAGAGGAGCAGAAGAUUGCUGAGAUGGUCUACAACAUCUUCAGGAUCCUGCUCUACCACGCCAUCAAGUACGAGUGGGGCGGCUGGAGAGUCUGGGUGGACACGCUCUCCAUAGCGCACUCCAAGGUGACGUAUGAGGCCCACAAGGAGUACUUGGCUAAGAUGUACGAAGAGUACCAGCGCCAAGAAGAGGAGAACAUGAAGAAAGGCAAGAAAGGCUCCGUUUCCACCAUCUCGGGCCUUUCCGCCUCACCGGCGCCCGUUGUCAAUGGCAACCUGGAGAUGGACGACGCCUCUCAGACGCCAGAGAGCGAGGCAGAGUACAGCGAGGGCGGGGCCGGCGCCGACUCAUCCCGCAACCUGCUGGCGGACGGCGCCGUCAAGCGCAGUGAUGCCGAGCAGGGCGCCGGUGUGCGGGUGGAGGUCCACGACCUGCUGGUGGACAUCAAAGCCGAGAAGGUGGAGGCCACCGAGGUCAAGCUGGACGACUUGGACUUGAGUCCCGAAGGCCUCGGCGGAGCAGGCGGCGCCGGGUCGCCGGAGGACGGGCCACUGGUGGAGGUGGAUUCGCUCUUGGACAGCACCUACUGCACUGCGGUGCAGAACCUCAACGGCACCCUGGUACCCAAAGAUGAGGGAGCCGUGGCGGCGCCGCCCGCUUUGGGCCUCUCGGGUGUCACCCUGGAUGACAACGGCAGCAUCGUGGGCCCCCUGAUCACGCUGGCCGACGACAAGGACAGCGUACCCGGCAACAACGGAUUCCUCUUCAGUAAGGUCGAUGAGAAGCUGCUCUCCGCACUGGCGGCCACUGAAGCCCUGGUUCUGCCCGGUCCGGAUCAGCCCGCGCCGCCCGGCGGCACCAUCGCCACCGACGACCUCAGCCUGCUGGCCCACAUGACCGGCUGCGGCUUGGCCAGUGAUCUCCCGGAUGACGGGCCUUUUAAGAUCCGGAGCCCGCUGGCCGACAUCAGCUCCAUCGCGGAAGCCCGGAACCGGGUGUCGCCUCAGCCCGAAUUCCCAGAGGGGGACGGGGUGACAGGCGCAGAAGACGAAAUGGCGGCUCUCAAGGCAGGAAGGUCAGGAGGCGAAACGGCCAGCGUCACGUCCGACACUGAGAGGUCUGAUGAUGGCAGAGAGAAGAAGAUCUCGACUGCAGCGACCACGCAGGCUCUGCACAGCCGCGGCGCUGCCCAGCUGGAGCGAGACCUCAGAGUGGAUCUCGGCUUCAGGGGAAUGCCCAUGACAGAGGAGCAGAGGCGACAGUUCAGCCCUGGACCUCGCACCACUAUGUUCCGCAUCCCCGAGUUCAAGUGGUCGCCCAUGCACCAGAGGCUGCUCACUGACCUCCUCUUUGCCUUGGAGACCGACGUGCAUGUGUGGAGAAGCCACUCCACCAAGUCGGUGAUGGACUUUGUCAACAGCAACGAGAACAUCAUCUUUGUGCACAACACCAUCCAUCUCAUCUCCCAGAUGGUGGACAACAUCAUCAUCGCCUGCGGGGGCAUCCUGCCGCUCUUGUCCGCUGCCACCUCGCCCUCCACUUCUAAGAGUAGUGCCAGCAGUACAGAGCUGGAGAACAUCGAGGCGACACAGGGCAUGUCGUCGGAGACGGCUGUCACCUUCCUGUCGCGGCUGAUGGCCAUGGUGGACGUGCUGGUCUUCGCCAGCUCGCUCAACUUCAGCGAGAUUGAGGCAGAGAAGAACAUGUCCUCCGGCGGGCUCAUGAGGCAAUGCCUGCGACUGGUGUGCUGCGUGGCUGUGAGAAACUGCCUGGAGUGCCGGCUGCGGCAGCGCGAUCGCAACUGCAAGUCGGCCGGCAGCAAGUCGCAGGAUGGCCUGAAUGCUGCUGGCGCCACCAGCAAGGACCCGGACCGCCUCCUCCAGGACGUGGACAUCAACCGUCUGCGUGCGGUGGUUUUCAGAGACGUGGACGACAGCAAGCAGGCUCAAUUCUUGGCUCUGGCCGUGGUCUACUUCAUCUCGGUGCUGAUGGUGUCCAAGUAUCGAGACAUCCUGGAGCCUCAGCGGGAGAUGGGCCGAUCAGCCAGCCUGUCCGGACGCAGCAUCCGACACGAGAUCAACUCACCCACCAGCACAGGUGACUUGAUUUUCAACCAAUCACAGCAUCAAUCGGGCAGGAACUUGUUCCUUGACCACGUCUUCCUCACCUGCCGCGCAGAGCACCCGUGCUCUACCUUGUCCGAGCGUGACAAGCAGACAGCCGUACCCGCAGAUGACUCCUCACCCCGUGCUGGCCUGCCCCACACCGACUCGGGCAUCGGCGAGGAGGGCCACGCAGGCGGCUCCCUCAAUGGCUCCGAGACGGGCCGGGAAGUGGACAGGGAGCGGGUCUCGGGCAUGGGCGCCCAGGCCGACCUGCUGUGUGCUCUGUCGGAUGUCGGCAGGUCGCACGAGAGCCUUCUGGACUCCCCCCGCAACCCCGAUGGCAGACAGGCGCCGCCUUCGUCCAUUUCCGGCGUCAGCCAGACCAAUAAAGGCAUCAACGUCAAGGAGAUCCUGAAGAGCCUGGUGGCCGCUCCGUCGGAUGGCAGCGACUCGAGCCAAGAGUCCGGGCCGACGCCAUACCAGCCCGACCCCACCUUGAAGAGCUACCCGGCACUGCCCAUGCAGUUCCACUCCUUUGAUAGGAGCGUCGUGGUCCCGGCAAAGAAGCCGCCACCUGGCAGCCUGUCCGUCAAUACGGUGGGUACGCCCACCGCCGGGGGCGCCGCCAGCACGCCUAACAUCUUUGCCGCCGCCGUGACACCCAAGAGCAUGAUCAAUACCACAGGAGCAGACUCUGCGAUGGCGGCGGCAGCAGCGUUUGUGAACGGCGCCACCAGCAAGAAUCUGCCUGCCGUCCAGACGGUGGCGCCCAUGCCUGAAGACAGCAUGGAGAACAUGAGUGCCUAUUGUGAGGUGGCGCAGUGUGCAUUGCGCAGCAGUCAGACGCCCCCCGAGCUCAAGUCCUUUAGCUCCCUGGCCGGCUUCCAGACAACCCCAAGAGAUGCAGGACAGUGUUUUAGCAUCACCACCAAGCUGGAACGAGCGCUGGAGAAGGUGGCGCCGCUCCUGAGGGAAAUUUUUGUUGACUUUGCGCCAUUCCUGUCGCGCACGCUCCUGGGGAGUCAUGGGCAGGAGCUUCUCAUUGAAGGUACAGGUCUGGUGUGUAUGAAGUCCAGCACGUCGGUGGUGGAACUGGUCAUGCUGCUCUGCUCUCAGGAAUGGCAGAAUUCCAUCCAGAAGAACGCGGGGCUGGCUUUCAUUGAGCUUAUCAACGAAGGAAGACUGCUGUGUCACGCCAUGAAGGAUCACAUUGUGCGCGUGGCCAACGAGGCCGAGUUCAUCUUGAACCGCCAGCGAGCAGAAGACGUUCACAAGCAUGCUGAGUUUGAGUCGAGCUGUGCCCAGUACGCGGCCGACCGUCGCGAGGAAGAGAAGAUGUGCGACCACCUGAUCGGUGCCGCCAAGCACAGAGACCACGUGACCGCCAACCAGCUCAAGCAGAAGAUCCUCAACAUCCUGACCAAUAAGCACGGAGCCUGGGGCACCAUGUCGCGAAGCCAAUUGCACGACUUCUGGCGUCUGGACUACUGGGAGGACGAUCUGCGCAGGAGGCGGAGAUUCGUUAGAAACGCCUUUGGCUCCACACACGCCGACGUGAUGCUCAAAAGUCUCGAUGAUUACGGCUCGGUCGACGAGCACGACGGCGGCGUCAAGUCCAAGAAGAGCUUCCGCAGUCAGUCGGCAGUGGCGCAGAACCCGGAGGCUGACUUAAUGCUGGAAGGUGACGACGACGCCGUCAGCCUCCUGCAGGAGAAAGAAAUGGACAACCUGGCAGGCCCGGUGGUACUGAGCACGCCGGCCCAGCUGGUGGCGCCGGCGCUGGUGGCCCGCGGGACGCUGUCGGUCACCACCACGGAGAUCUACUUUGAGGUGGACGAGGACGACCCUGCCUUCAAGAAGGCUGACGCCAAGGUGCUGGCCUACUCGGAGGGUCUGCAUGGCAAGUGGAUGUUCAGCGAGAUCCGAGCUGUAUUUUCCAGACGCUACCUGCUGCACAACACAGGCCUGGAGGUCUUCAUGGCCAACAGAACCUCAGUGAUGUUCAACUUUCCCGACCAGGCCACAGUCAAGCGGGUGGUCUACAGCCUGCCGCGGGUGGGCGUCGGCACCAGCUACGGUCUGCCCCAGGCCAGGCGGAUCUCAUUGGCCACACCGCGUCAGCUCUUCAAGUCGUCCAACAUGACGCAGCGGUGGCAGCGCCGGGAGAUCUCCAACUUUGAGUACCUCAUGUUCCUCAACACCAUUGCAGGGAGGACGUACAACGACCUGAACCAGUACCCCAUCUUCCCCUGGGUGCUGACUAACUACGACUGCGAGGAGCUGGACCUCACCUUGCCCGGCAACUUCAGAGAUCUCUCCAAGCCCAUCGGCGCUCUCAACCCCAAGCGAGCUGCCUUCUACGCUGAGCGCUACGAGACAUGGGACGAGGAGGGUGCGCCACCCGACCACUACGCCGCCCUCUACUCUACGGCGCACUCCACCCUCACGUGGAUGCUCCGAAUCGAGCCCUUCACCACCUUCUUCCUCAACGCCAACCAGGGAAAGUUCGACCACGCCGAGCGGACCUUCUCGGGCGUUGGCCGCUCUUGGAGGAACUGCCAGCGGGACACGGCGGACGUGACGGAGCUGAUCCCAGAGUUCUACUACCUGCCUGAGAUGUUCGUCAACGGCAAUGAGUACGAGCUGGGCGUACGCGACGACGGGCUGCCCGUCAGCGACGUGGAGCUGCCCGUCUGGGCCAAAAAGCCCGAAGACUUUGUGCGCAUCAACCGCAUGGCGCUGGAGAGCGAGUUUGUGUCAUGCCAGCUGCACCAGUGGAUCGACCUGAUCUUCGGAUACAAGCAGCGGGGUCCCGAGGCCGUGCGGGCGCUCAACGUCUUCAACUUCCUGUCCUACGAGGGCGCCGUCAACCUGGACAACUUGGACGCGGCGCAGCGAGAGGUGAUGGAGGCGCAGAUUCAGGCGUGCGGGCAGAUCCCCUCGCAGCUCCUGAUCGAGCCGCACCCGCCCCGGUCCUCCGCCAUGCAUCUGUGUUUCCUUCCUCAGAGUCCUCUGAUGUUUAAGGAUCAGAUGCAGCAGGACGUAAUCAUGGUGCUUAAGUUCCCGUCCAACUCUCCCGUCACGCACGUGGCUGCCAACACACUGCCUCACCUCAGCAUCCCCGCCGCCGUCACCGUCACGUGCAGCCGCCUCUUUGCCGUCAACCGCUGGCACAACACCGUCGGCCUACGAGGUGCGCCGGGAUACUCCCUGGAGCAGGCUCACCACCUUCCCAUCGAGAUGGAUCCCCUCAUAGCCAACAACUCGGGCACCAACAAGCGGCAGAUCACGGACCUGGUGGACCAGAGCAUCCAGAUCAACACGCACUGCUUCGUGGUGACGGCCGACAACCGCUACAUCCUGGCAUGCGGCUUCUGGGACAAGAGCUUCCGGGUCUACUCCACCGAGACGGGGAAGCUAACGCAGAUCGUCUUUGGUCACUGGGACGUGGUGACAUGUCUGGCCCGCUCCGAGUCCUACAUCGGGGGAGACUGCUACAUUGUGUCCGGCUCUCGGGAUGCCACGCUUCUGCUGUGGUACUGGAGCGGGCGGCACCACAUCAUCGGCGACAAUCCCAAUAACAGUGACUACCCCGCCCCACGGGCCGUCCUGACAGGACACGACCACGAGGUGGCGUGCGUGUCCGUCUGUGCCGAGCUGGGAUUGGUCAUCAGCGGGGCCAGAGAGGGCCCCUGCUUGGUGCACACCAUCACGGGCGACCUCUUGAGGGCCCUAGAAGGCCCCAAGCUGUGCCGUCAGCCGCGUCUGAUCUCGGUGUCCAGCGAGGGCCACUGCGUUAUCUACUACGAGCGAGGACGCUUCUGCAACUUUAGCAUCAAUGGCAAGCUUCUGGCUCAGAUGGAGCUAAACGACUCCACGCGGGCCGUCCUGCUGAGCAGCGAUGGGCAGAACCUGGUGACGGGUGGCGACAACGGCGUGGUGGAGGUGUGGCAGGCCUGCGAUUUCAAGCAGCUCUAUAUCUACCCAGGAUGCGACGCUGGCAUUCGAGCCAUGGACCUGUCGCACGACCAGAGGACGCUGAUCACUGGCAUGGCGUCCGGCAGCAUCGUGGCGUUUAACAUCGACUUCAACCGCUGGCACUACGAGCAUCAGAACCGCUACUGACGCUGCAGGAAAGCAACUCUCCAGGUACACGAGAAGACGACUUGAGGUUCUGCUUGCUUUGACGGGACUCACUCUCUCUCACACACGCACACAUGCGCGCACACACACACACACAUGUACGCACGCACACACGCACGCCUGAGCCCAAAGACGACACAGCCAACAGAGUGCGGAUCGGUCGCCGGUGCUGGCGGGUCAGGUUCCGGGUUUGGUGGGUUCUGCUUUAACGCUUGAGUGAGCCAGACACUCUUUGCCGAGAUGAUCCGCCUUUGGGUUCCUUUGAGGAUUUGUCCUCUUUCCUUUUGUGUCCUUUUGUCUCUUUUUCCUCGAAUUGAACGAGAAGGGCGAACGAGGGUGAUGACUUUUCUUUUGCUGCCUUUUUCUUUCUACAUUUAGUGAUCGUGGUGUCAAAUAUGUACAGAACAAGUCUUGCUUUUGCCGCCAGCCCCGCGUGCUCACAUUAUUGAAACAAAAGCAAUUUUCUUUUCCUGUUUGCACUUUUUUUUUUAUCCUUCCCGAUUCGGCUUUCUUUCUGAUUGCGAGGCAGCCAUUCCUCGGGGGGCUUUAAUUGUUCUGAGGACGGGCCAGGUUCUUUGGGUUCCUUCUUGUCCAGGGCCAGGAUGAAUUCUUUGUGCAUCGAUGUUUGUAUUUAAACGCUCACAUGUGAAGAUUUUACAGCAAUAUGACAACGAGCGUGUGCACGACCGGCACGGCGGCCGCACACGCACGUAACUCCAGCCACACACGCACACAUCCAAAAACCAACAAACAAAAAAAGUUAAUUAUUUUUGGAUCUAUGAAACCCUGAAGAACUAUUGUAGUCAUGUUUUAUUGCAAAGAUGUAAAAUAUGACGUGUGAGUUGGAAAAAAAAUCUGUACGAAAAAUAAAUUAUGCAAAGAAUUUAA